CAAAAAAACAAAACAGAUGUGGAGUCGGAGAUAUUGACGCGCACAAUGCCAAAAAAUUGAAUAUCAAAGUGCUACUGACGCCAAAUGCCGCACUUGGGGGAAAUAAUAUUAUUAAAUGUUUGGUCAGCCAGGCCAAGAGAAAGGGGUGGCCAUAUUUGCGACUGAAAUAGUAAUAAAGAAUGGUUGAUAUGGCACAUUAAAUCUCGUCGCACACCUUUUGCUUUUGAAUACUCUUUCUUUUAUUCGUUUCUUCCUCCCCUUCCUCAUUCGUGUAUACCAACCCAACGUCCAGCCUAACACCAAUCCAAUACACCGCGUUCAGUACAGCUCCUCCAUCUUUUGUAACCUGAGGUUCCGUAAUUAACAAACCAUCUUAUUGCAUCAGCUGUUUUAGCCUCAUCAAUACGGCAUGUCGCAAAUCAAGCUUCCUGCCGGCACAGCGGUAAACCUGGAAAAUGUCCCGCUGCAUCAGUUCUACCACAUCUCGCUACACCCAGUCACACCACUCGUGAUCGUUGCAGUGUACACACUUGCUGUCCAGUAUCUAAACUCUACAAGGGGUAAAAACCUGUCAAGAAUCGAGGCCAAGCGCCAAAGCCUGCAGCUCGCCGGAGACGAGCUGCAGAAAGAUGUCGGCACUCGGCCUUGGAUGACCGCUUUUAUCGUGCUCCACAAUUUGGCGCUUGCAGGGUUCUCGUACUGGUGCGCAACAAACUACACGGCUGCCUUUGCCAAAACAGUGGGUGAAGAGGGAUUACGCUGCGCAUACUGCGAUACCAAUCACACAAUAUGGAACAAUAUGUUCAAGUUCAACUAUCUGUUCUACCUGAGCAAGUACUAUGAGCUGAUUGACACGUUUAUUAUUUUGGCCAAAGGUCGCAAGGCUACAUUCUUGCAAACGUACCACCAUGCUGGUGCCAUUGCCACAAUGUGGGUUGGGUGCUAUUUUGGUUCGCCCCAGCUCAUUUUCUAUGUGGUCGAAAACAGCAUUAUCCAUACGCUGAUGUACACGUACUUUGCGCUGACUGCCAUGGGAUAUUCACCUCCGGGUAAAAAAUACCUGACCCACCUGCAGAUUUUCCAGUUCCUCAUCGGGCUCGUGUUCAUCGCCCUGUACAUCACGCUUCCCGGAUGCCUGACGCCUCUUCAGAGAAACCUACUGUUUGUCAUGCUGUCGUACCUAAUCCCACUUAUCUAUCUGUUUGUCGACUUUUCAAUGAAGACCUAUGGAAACAAGGGCAAAGUCAAGGCCAAGACGAUGUAAGCAGCUGUUUGCACUGACUUUGAGUACACGCCACUUUAUGACAUACUGCUAGUCUCCAUUUCAACAUUUAUCUCAACAUUUAUCUUUUUACUCAAUAUUUAUCUAUAUA